AUGAGUUAUGGAUCUAAAGCAUUUGCGCAGGGAGUAAUUAAGGAAAUAAUGAAGAAAUGCACAGAAGACAAUGUGAUUAUUAUUGAAAUAGAUAUAUUCCUUAUUCCGCACUUAGAAGCUGAACAAGAAGACGAUUUUGAAGCCAUGAUCCAAGGCGAAGACGUAAUUAUAAUAACAUCAGAAGGGGGAGGUGGUUUAAGAGCACAAUCUGAAACGCUGGGAUUCCAUUUGGCCUCACAAAUAAUGGAGAGAGAAGAGUCCAAAAGAGCUGAAAUCCUUAAGUCUAUCUUUGCCCGUCAAGGGUCUGACGAAAAGGUCAAGGGAGGCAAAUCGGGUGAAUCUAAAUUAGAAUGGCGCCAACAGCUAAACGACCAGCAACAGGAAACCAUCGAGAACUGGUUAAACGAAGGUGCCGGGCGGGUGCACUUUCAACAAGCCCCGCCCGGUACCGGGAAAACCAGGGUUGCUGCGGCCUGCAUAGCGGCGAUUGUUCACCAAGAUCCUGACUGUGCUGUUUUGGCGACAUCAGGAUCAAAUUUGCCCGUUAGUAAAUUGACAGAAGAGGCGGCCCGCACCCUUCCCGAACAAGACAUGAUUGCAUUCUUUAGUGGUAUGGCAAAAGUACGUUACAGUGAACACAUAGCAUUACUUGAAAAUCACCUCUUGGCUACCAAAAUCAAUAAAGAAGGCAAGCAGCAGAACGAAAAGUCGGAGCGGUUCUUCAAAAAACUGAAUUUAGAAACGUCGUUUUUGCUACAAUCCACAUGGCACUAA